AUGUAUAAAGAUAAUUACAAUUACCAACUCCCUCCCGAUCUUGUACAGAAGGGUUGUUAUUUUGAAGAUCCUUAUCGCGUUUUUGACUCUGUCUGUAUCAUCAACGGAGCGUUGGAUCCCUUUUGUGUGGUUCAGGUGUGUUUUUUCUCCUUGAUUCAUUCGCAGAACAGUGUCAAUGAUUGCACAAUCAUUUCUUCUAUGAUUUCCUGCGCUCUCUACGAGUCUCGCUUUAAAAAACCCUUGAUUUCUGGUAUUAUUUACCCACAAGCCAACAGUCGACCCACUGUCAAUCGUUUUGGCAAAUACUACAUCCGCCUCUUCUUCAACGGCAUUCCGCGCCGUGUGGAAGUCGAUCAUCGCAUUCUCGUCAAGCCCAGUCACAAACUUGUGGGCACUUUCUCGAGAGAGAAUGGCGAAUUGUGGCCAUCCCUCAUCGAAAAAGCCUUCCUCAAAGCGCACGGAGGCUUUGGAUACCGCGGGGGAAAUGGCUGCCAGGACACGUACAUUCUGACGGGCUGGAUUCCAGAGAAUAUCCACUUGAAGGAGGAGAAGGAGAGCAGUAUUAAUCAGAUCUGGACGCGUCUCUACCGAGCUUUUAGAGCUGGAGAUUGCAUCAUUACCGCGGGAACCUCGCCAGGUCUCACGGACGCCGAUGAGAAAAGGCUGGGAUUGGCGAAUUCUCAUUGCUAUUGUGUGUGUCGAUUGGAGGAAGUCGAAGGGCAUCGAUUGAUUCAAUUGCGGAAUCCGUGGGGAUCCAUAUCGUGGAAGGGAAGGUUCUGCUAUCAGGAUCGGCAGAGCUGGACGCCGGCAAUGCAAAAAUUGUGUCCUGAUUAUAUGCGACGUGCGACUGAUCCGAGUUUUGACGACGGUUUGUUCUGGAUGGAGCUAAGUGACUUCUUGAAAUACUUCAAAGGCUUUAACGUCAAUUGGGCUCCGAAUCUCUUGCCGAAGUCGUGCACGUUCCACGAAGCAUACACGAACACGUAUCAGGGAGUUGAAUCGGACACGCAGGACAUGAGCCAAAGUCCGCAAUACAUAAUGGAGUUCACAAACCCCACUCAAUUCAAUCAGCCGGUUUACGUGAUGCUUUCUCGGCACUACACACAAUACUUCCAGCUUCUAGGCAAUGAAAACUACCGCGUGCUGCUCAGUGUGCAGCUCUUCGAAAUCGAUAAGCCACGGCUUGUUGUGAAGAAUGCAGACGUGAUUCGUCGAAUCGAACCAGAGAUCAUUUUCACCAACACGCCCUACGACUUCGCGAAGGUUUACGUCCCGCCCGGCCGCCAUAUUUACUGUGCGAUCGUGCUGACCGUCAAGGAGGGUCCGGAGAACAACCAGCGAUUCAACUUCACCAUUCAGUUCCGCUAUCCAAACACGCUUCAGGGACAAAUCAAGCAUGUGAACGACUAUCCGCAGUAUCACUUCACCUGGCGAGUCGGCGGUGCGUGGGACCAAGCCAAUAACGGAGGGAGACGCUCCUUGCAAAAAUACGACCGGAAUCCUACUUAUUUGUUCUCCCUACCAAACCCGAUCAGUGUGAUUUUCUAUUUGGAAUCAGUGCGAAACAAAACAAUCUCCAUUCAUUUGUGUCUGUUUCGGAAAAGCGAUUGGGAGGCCGGACGCUUCGACCAAAUCAUCGAAGACUCCGGCGACUACCGAAACUAUUCGUGUUCUUUCCGAGCCGAAUUGCCGCCCGGCGAGUACGCUCUCGUGGCUUCUUCAUAUCCUUUCAAUCACUCCAGGGAGUCCUUCACUGCAGAUUCAGCGAUAAGGAAUAUGGAGCCUACACAGUCAGCGCGCGAGCAUCGAUUCCGCUCUCUGCGGUUGAGCGAAACACGAUUUACUCUCCGCUGCCUGAGCUAA